AUGGGCGCAAACGAUGACGAUGCUAAAGAAAAUCUUCUGCCUAUGUCCAUAUCGAGUGAGAACCUCUCAAAAGGGGAAAGUGACCGUCAUGACCUUCUCUUCAAAGCCUACGUUAUCAUAACGAUGACAUGGUUAUGGACUGGCUACACACUCACUGUACGGUAUACAAGAACCGCUGUGCCGAAAAACGAGUUGUAUGCUGCUAGUACUGUGGUCCUCAUGGCGGAGAUUGUGAAAGCUACACUUUCGCUAUUGAUGCUGUUCAGGGAGAGUCGCUAUAGAUUCCGAGAUUUUGCACAGUGUAUUCAAAAGUACUACUUGGAUGCCCCACGGGAACUUUUCAAGAUGAGCGUCCCAUCAGUCGCAUAUGCCUUUCAAAAUAAUCUGGACUUCAUCGCACUUUCUCACCUUGAUGCCGGUUUAUAUCAGGUCACCACACAGUUAAAAGUGUUCACUACUGCUAUAUUUAUGAUGUUGUUCCUUGGACGAAAGUUCUCUAGAACGCGAUGGGCUGCUAUUAUCCUUCUGUUCUUUGGCGUUGCCGCCGUGCAGCUCAACAACACCCACGACACUAAUCAGGAGAAAAGGGGAAACUACCUUAUAGGAAUUUCAGCCGUUCUGGCUACGUGCGUUACAGCCGGAUUUGCAGGUGUUUACUUCGAAAUGAUGUUAAAGGGAAGUGGCUCAACCCCGUUUUGGGUGCGCAACCUUCAGAUGUACAGUUGUGGUAUGGUGAGCGCUCUCAUCGGUUGUUUGUUCACCGACGGUGACCUGAUAGCAGAACGUGGUUUCUUCCACGGGUACGAUAUCAAGGUGUGCGCCAUAGUUGGUUUCUUGUCUUUCGGCGGCACUUAUAUUUCACUGGUGAUGAAAUAUUUGGACAAUUUGCACAAGAGUUUUGCUUCUGCAGUUUCCAUUAUUCUGGUUGUGAUUACAUCUUAUCUCCUUUUCAAUGACGUUUUCAUAGGUGCGUACUUUGUUGGUGGGACAGCUAUAGUUGUGUUCGCCGUUUUGCUUUACAAUUCAGUACCGGAAUAG